AUGCAGCUGUACCCCUCGCAGGUCCAAAGGACUGACACACUGUGUUCCCGGCCUUCAACAUCACCAUCAUCCAGCCCGCUGCCUUCCUCAGUCACCGCUGGCCUGGAGGCUGUCCACAUCUGGCUUGGUCUCCUCAUCUGCACCGUCUACACCAUCUCCAUUGUGGGGAACUGCACCGUUCUCUGCAUUGUAGGAGAAGACUGACAUCUCCAUCAACCUAUGUACUUCUUCCUUUGCAUGUUGUCCCUCAACAACCUCAGGAUCUCAUUCUCUACCCUGCCCACAGUGCUCAGCACCUUCUGCUUUGACCUAGAAGUCAGCUUCAGCACCUGUGCCUGCCUUUGCUGUGCCAAAGCCCUCUCUCAUCCCUACUGUCUACACCCAGAUAUAAUGAAGCUGUCACGGUAUCUUUUUGUCCCUCCGUUGCUAAACCCCAUCAUUUACACCAAUGAAACAAUGGAAAUUCAUAAGGAAAUCAUCAGGAUAAUAUCCCAAAACAAUACCUGA